AUGGCGAGAAUUUCUCUUACCUCGUUGCCCCCUGAGUUGAUUCAAUUGAUACUGCAGAAAUGUGACCUGCCCUCUUUUCUCCAGGCGGCCUUUUCGUGCCGGGUUUUACUGGGGAACGCUUGUUCCAGCUGCGCCCUCAUUCUCCACCACCUUCAAGAAUCACCGGGAUUCCUUGAUGAGGUUAAUGGCCUCACGAACAAACAGCUCUUCCGUCAACUGCUCAGGGUCGCUCGACGUGAGCUUUAUGGAGCGGAGUUUGUCUCUAACAGCAAGCUCUACAAGUUUGGGGGUCGGGUGAUCGACGCCCAUGCGUCGUCCCUGACAGAUGUUGCGAAGACCCGACGGGUAUUUCUCGUGUUCAAAAAUGACUCGACGGUCUACCUCAUGGACGUACAAGAUGGUAAGCUCACCCUGCGACGCCGACUAGAGUCACCCGCAGAGAAGUUCGGCAAGGUCGACAUUCUGCAAACAGUGUGGGACCACCGCGGGCUUUACGUUCUACAUCGCCUAGCACCCGAUCCGACACAAGUGGGCGGUUCAUUUGUGAAAGAUGCGCAGCAGAAGAACUCGAUAUUUUUAGCUUGCUACGAUCUUCAAGCUGAGCAAGAAACCAUAAAGCUGUACACGCUCCCCGAGGAAAGUGAAUACAAGCCGAUAUGCCUUGCAGUGCAUGGAGACAAUUUCGCCAUUUCUUGGCAGCACAAAGACGAAGAAGACAGCCAUAGCGUAUUCCUUUACUCAAUGGAUGAGGCCUAUGAGCAGAACGAGAGUGAUACACUGGCUGAAGAGAUUGAAGGCCAACCUCAUCCUCAAAUUAUCAAUUGCGCUUAUUCGUCGCAUCUCCUGUCUGACAUCCGCCGCAGCAUGCCCAACAGCGACGGGCCCCAGUUGAAGGGCCCCAGUGUGAGGUUGGCUUUCAAUGACCGAGGCAAACAACUACUCCAUUACUAUCGGGCACAAACUCUCUUCGGCUCGUUUCAUAGGGUUUCCAACUUAGACCCGAUUCACGCUCAUAGGGCCAUCCACAACAAGUGCAAUGUCCAGUUCUCAACUUCGCUCUCCCUCCAGUUCUCCAUCGGCAUACCAUUCUUCGGUGCUCAUGUCGAAGGGGACAUAGCUGCCGGAGUUCCUUGCCACUGGAGAUAUCUUGCCGUUGGGAUUGCAACCCAUAGAGUUGAGCAUUGGACUGUAGCAUGUAUUCUGAUGUCCGAAUCCUUUCCGAGAGCCCAGCGAUGUACUCACGUCAUGAACAUCGAGCGAGGACGACGGUUCGACGAAUGGUCGAUCAUGGCCCAGCUAGGAGGAUAUGAAGAAUCAAUUACUUCCCAAGGGUCGCUCAUCGCAGCCUCGGUCCUCGGAACUCGACUGGCGAUGGCCAGCUGGAAGACUGUCACCGUAUGGCCUAUCAAUCCCCAAUGUUUGAUCACAUACCUCCUUGACUACGAUUAUGAUAUCUUCUAUCGAAAUUCAUGCCGAUCAGAAGAAGGCCAUCUCAUACUUCGACCCGUUGUCAUCCAGCUUGAUGCUGUCUGCUGCCAGCUUCAGUUCACCGACGACGAAAAUGAACUCAUUGCUAUUACAGACAAGGGACUUAUUAUCUUGCAUCUUGAGCCAAAUGGAAAGGGGGCCCGAGUGGUGAUUCCCCGAGAAGACGAACUCCUGACGCAAGAAAUGGGCUGA